CCCCUGUUGCUCAGGCCUGGGGAUUCCUCGCUUCUGAUCUUCCACUCUGCAUGGGCCCAGCUCGGGCGUGCAGAUAUCCGCUGGCUCCGGUCCCCCGCGGGGGGGGGGGCCAGAGGUAAAGCGCGGCCCGCGCUUCCCUGAGCGUGGCAGCUCGGCGGCGCGGGGAGGGCCGCGCAUCGCGAGGUCGGGCGGCCUGGGUGGCUUUCGCCAGGUUCUCUCACCACACAGCUCUUCUCGUCUCUAUCGGGCCUGGACCCCGCGGACACAAGAGAUGGUCGCGUUCGUGCGCCCGGUCCUCGCGUCCAGCCUCGCGCUCGGCUGCACCUCGGCGUUUGGCCUCGCCGCGGUGGCGCGCGACGUGGCCGACCUGUCGCCGUCGCGCGGCGGCUUCUCGCCCUCGCGCGACACGUCGUCUGGAGGCGGACGCCAGACGCCAGAGGAGCUGGGCUUCUCCUCCGACGAAGACAUCGACACCGCGGGCUACGGCAGUUCACAGUUCAACGAGGAGUUCUGCUUGGACAUCGGCGCAAAGGGCUUCCCCAUUCCUACGCUCAAUAUGCUCAAGGCGGCCAACUGGGACGUGCCGACAUAUUUCGCCCAGCUGCAGGGGGCAGGGUACGCCGAGGACGCCCUGCAGAUGACAGGCCCCGACUCGGCCAUUCUGAAAUCCGAUUGCAUGAAGGAACGCUUCCACGGCAAGACGAAGCACAUCUUUGUGGGCGAUUCGCAGAUGAUGGCCCUCCGCAACGCGUUCCACCGCCUCAACAAGUGCCCGGAGAUCUGGUGGGCCAACCACUCCGAGAAGGAUAUCGAUGACAUGAUGGGGACUGUGCGGAGGAACGAGGCCUCCAAGACGCAGGUGAAGAGCAAGACCCGCUUCCACUCCCGGGCCGACCAGGCCCCAGACAAGUUGCCCCGCGGCUGCACCGAGGAGGGCAUCGGGUCUUUCGUCAGUUGGGACGCCUGGGCCAGCCAGAAGAUUCCAGUGAGGGAGAUUAAGAUGGAGAUGGACCUGGCCGGUGUGAGCCCUGCAGACGGGGACCUCGUUGUCGUCUGGAUUGUGGGCGCGUUGGCGGGUUUCAUCCCCGCAGCGCACAGAAUGUCCACCCUGCUCCAAAGCAUCAACCAGCUCCACGAGAUGAAGGUCAAGAUGGUGUGGGAUUCGCCAACCUUCCAGGACGAGGCCCUCAUGGCCGCCACGACGACCUACGACCUUGGACGCGACCCUCGCAGCAAACAGCCCAUCGCGUACAACUACAUCACGCAGCGGAAGCAGAGCGGUCAGAUUGGAUCGAAUCAGUACAGGACUGAGAAGACGCUCUUCGAUCAGGGCAUCGAGAUCCCCACCACGAAGCGGUGGCAGAUCUCCAAUCGCUACCGCGGACUCCAGUGCGACGGCAUACACACCGACAUGCGCGCCAGGGAUCACCUGUUCUACGACCUGCCGUGCCCCAUGGGCCAGCAGAAGUACGGCAAGUCCAACUACUGCACUUGGGUGGAGCCGUUCAAGACAGAGCUGCGUGGCGCCUGCCCGGAGGCCUCAGGGCUGGACGACCUGGUGCUGCAGAGCGGGCUCUACCAGAUGUGCGCUGCGCACGAGCAGCCGUUCUGCUACGCGUACACCGAGCACAUCCGCUGAGGUGUUACGCCUCGGCCGGCACACUCGAAGUUUAUAAGUGACGCAUAUCCGCGUCGAUUCCCCCUCUUCUCUCCUCGUCAUCGUCCUCCCCAUUAGCCCCUUAGUUGUUCGGCUCGCGGGCUCUGCGGACCCGUAGCUACAUGGUUCUGUGGCCAUUGCCGAAGGACGUGCAUCCGCUUUUGUAUAUUCUGCGGACAACAAAGAGCAACACGUGUCGAUCCGGCCCACUACGUCCAGGGUGCCUGCUCUAGAUCAUGAUCAGCCUCGGCGGGCGCUCGCAGAUUCUGGCCGCUGCAUCUCCUUCUUAGUAUUAUUAUUAGUAGUAGUAUUCUUUUCACGUGUAUCCCGCGUAUAUUCUCCGCCCGCACAUCUCCUUUUCCCCCC